AUGUGCAAAUACAGUAAUUCUUGUGCUUCUAUUAAGAUUACUGAGGGAUGUAGUUAUCAUGAAGUUGUUGAGAAAACAUCUGCGAAGCUCAAGGAGUUGAGUGUUGGAGUUGAUAAGGCAAGAGGUGGGUUGUUUGGUGAUUUUGCAACUUCUUUUGACCAACUUCGAUGGUACCUUGAGACGGCUAUGAUAACGAAUCUGGAAAGUGUGUUUGAAUUAGAUGUGGAUAAAAGUAGUGGGUGUUUUCGGAGGUUGUUUGUGGCAUUUCAUGGAUGUUUGUAUGGCUUUCAAUUUUGUCGUCCGUUGUUGUUUGUUGAUGGUACAUUCUUGAAGGGGCGUUACAAGGGGCAUUUGCUUGCAGCAACAUCAAAGGAUGGUUAUCAAGGUAUGUAUUUAUUUGCAGUUGGUAUAGGUUUGUUUGAUGUUAUUUUGUUUGCAAGUUUGUUUCCUUUGGCUUUUGCGAUUGUUGACGCUGAAAAUCAAGAUAAUUGGAUAUGGUUCUUAAGUCAGUUGUUAAAGGCUAUUGGUUCAAGCCGGAGAUUGACCUUUGUGUCUGACCUUAAAUGUGCUUAUGCGCCAACGGUUGCUUCUUUCCAACAUUAUAUGGAGAAAUUGAGGCGUAUUGCUGGGAAAGGUAGAGUUGAUAGUAUGUUGGAUGGUUUGCAAAAUGAUAAGUGGGCGAAUGCAUUUUUUAGAGGGAAACAAUAUAGUGAGAUGUCAUCUAAUGUUGCCGAGUCUUACAAUAAUUAG